AUGAAAGAAGUAUCGCUAGAAAACGAACUGGAACUUAUCUAUGAGUACACGCUAUCAGUGGAACUUUUAAUAAAAAAACUGACUUAUUAUAUCAAGAGGAAAUACACACAGAAAAAAAUAAUCGAAAGGAGGGAUCUCCUGAACAAAUUUGUUCUCAAGUACCUAAAUAAAAAUGUCCCCUCUAAGUUAUCUCAUCAUAUGCGAUAUACCAAGAAUAACAAAUUUUAUGAACAAAUUUUUCUGUGCGCCUUUUACCAUGUUAUUGUAAAGUUGGUGCAACGUGAUCCUCUCUUCGCUUUGCAGAAGGGAGAAAGGCGAGAUGGGCAUGAGGGGUCCAAUGGAAGUGAUGAUUACAGAUUGAGCGGAGGCCAAUCCAAAUGUACCAAAAAGUCAAAUGUAUAUAUAACCAUGAAUGAAGGGAUAGGAAGGAAAGAAGAAAUGUCCAGCAAGGCGCUUGAAUACAUAACGAGGGAGAAUCUACCGUAUCACAAAUUAAGUGGCGGUCUUUUAAUUCUCCAUUCGACUUAUGAACAAAUAUGUGACGUCAUAUAUGCCUUCAGCGUUAUAUGCUAUGUCUACGAGUUUCAUUCGUUUUUUAGAAUAAAGAAUGUAAAAAUUGCAAAAAGUGAUAAGUGCACCUUUGGCUUCUUCAGCUGGAUUUACGACAUCAAGUUGUUCGUUUUGAGGAAUUUGAAGCUCAAAGAGGUGCACACAGGUGGAUCAAAUGGCCGAUGUAAUAGGAGUGGCCAAAGUAACAGAAGUGAUGAGAAUCAUUCGGCGCAAGGGGAGAGCCCCGAUGUUGCACCGAACAACGCGCAAACCUGUGAUAAUGGCCACGAAAACGACUUUGACGGGGGAAGCUGCAGGAACGAGAAAUUUAUGCCAACCAAAACGGCUGCAGGGAAGAAAUUUGUGAAGAUGUGUGUAGAUCAAAAUGGUCCACAGGAGAAUCCCGCCCAGUUGAGUAGCACCACCGUGGAAAUAGAAAAUGUAAUUGUUGAUGAAGAAUUUUUUAACUUCAUGUUAAACAGGGGAAAACAUAUCGAGAGAAUUUUUUUGGUCCAUCCGGAUGAUGUGCAAAAUUAUUGUGGCGACAUAAAGGGGGAAGGAGUUUCAGUUGAUCAUUUAGGAAGAGGCACCAACACAGGGGGGAAAUGUAACAAAAAUGAUGCGAGAAUAAAUUAUCCAAACGGUACUCCCCAUAGGGAUAGGAAUGUAAUGUUAGAUGAUAUGAAUAACAGAGUUGGAGCUUCAUUUGGUGCACUUCACGGGGGAUAUACUGACGUAGGAAAGUAUGUCCAAUCGAGGAAUGAUACGAAGUUGAUGUUGGGUUAUCCUGAUCGAUGUGUGUGGAAGAUAAAAAAUUACAAAGAAGUGAAGGGCCAUUUUGAAGAGUUAUACAGUAGGAUGAAGAACGUGAAAACGUCCAAAUUAUAUAUACCCCUCUGUCUAUACGUCAAUUAUGCAUUUGAUUUUUAUCACUUGAGCACAAAAAGGAAAAGUUGGAAAAUCAUAAAUUUCAGUUUAUGUUUUGAUGAAGGAUCGUAUGACUGUACCAAGGUUAACAAAAAUUGCAAUGCAAACCAUGUGAACAGUUUUUUUUCAAAUUGGAGUAGACAGCCGGAAGAGCACGUGAACAAGAGAAGCUGCAUUUCGUUUUAUAUAGGGGGCCUUGUCGAAUUCAUUAACAAAAAUAACAGUUUGAAAAAAGGACACAUAAUAUGUGCGCUGAAGAAAUUCAUCGAUUGCGAAUUGCUCGGUGGAAAUAAUUCUCCUUCCCUAGAGGAAAACGAAGAGGAAGAAAAAAAAAAUAAAAGUGAUGCAGCAGAAUGUGAUCAGUAUUAUAAGAUAUUUUACACACCCAGUGGAGUGCUUGGACACGAGGGAGACUUUGGAAGGAGGGAACCCGACUCUAAGAACAACACGCACAGUGUGUUUGUCGAUGAGCAUACUGAUUAUAACCAUGUAAAUGCAGAAAUGGAACAAAUCCAACCCUAUGCAGGGGAGAGUAACUGCCGACGAAACGGUACAACAAUGGAUGGUCAGAAAAAAAAAGGCCAAAGGGGAAGAAAAAAAAAUGCACAAAUGGAUCCUUUUGAACGGGGAAGAAAUCCAAAUUCUGUCAUUAUAGGGAUAAAUGAAUUCGUUACGGAACAUCUUUAUAUGUUCAUUUCGUAUAUUUGCUUAAACGUAACAAAAGUUGCUAUUUUCCUAAUCGAGAGGUAUAAGAUGACCAUACCGAACAGGUACUUAGAUCUCAGCUCGUAUCUAUUUAUAUGUCAAGCGAAUAAGCUGAAUUCAAAUAUUCUACCGUUCAUAAACAAGUACAAUAUUUAUCGUUAUCUUUUUCGAAAUGAUAUUUCCAAGAGGGACUUGAAGGAGAAUUAUUUUAUUUACAAAAAGAUCAAGUGCAGUGAAAUGGGGAGAAAGCACAACGACCUGUACAUGAAAUUUUUGGAAGACAUUGAAACUGAACAUUAUGUGAAUGGCUUUGGAGAAAGCAAGAGGGGAGGUUCUGGACUAUCCUAUGGAAAUGCAAACGGUAACAGGUUGAGAAAUAAUUCCUCGGUACGUGUCCACUUGGGGGAGGGGCACAAUACAGGGAAGCGACUUGAGGGGGAUGUGGACACAGGAUACACGUAUGAUAGUGGUAAUGGAGGAAGAAACGCGGGCAUCACGAGCAGUAGUAAUAGUGGUACCAAUGGUGGAAGCCACGAGGGAAGCCAAAGUGGAAGCAACAGUGGAAGUUACAGCGGCCGCAACAGAAGUAGAAACAACAAAUUGUAUUCCACAGUGAACGGUUAUAGGAAUAGCCCGAACGAACAUAUUAAUUAUCCCUUGUCGAGUAAACAGGAAAACAUGGAACAUGGUCGAAAAAAUGUUUUGGUAGAUCUAGAGAAUCACAGUAGACAGUCAAGCAAAGGGAAGAGUUGUCCCAUCAGCAAUGUUAGUUUCACGCAAGGACAUCCCAGUGGUAUAAGUGUUCCCGUUGAAAGGAGUCAAGGGAUGGGAAUGGGGAUACUAAAAAGUAGACACUACGAUAUGAACAACAGGAAUGUGGAAAUAACAUCCGAUGUGGCAACUACCCUUUUGUUGCCGUCUGAUGGGGGAAGCGGAAGAGGGGCUGCUGGACAGAUAGGGGAGUUUCGUUAUGGAGAUAUGGUCUGCUUGAAUGGAGGUACCAACAGUGAGUAUGCCCUUCAUGCAGGCCUAACCCGACAAGGCGACCAAGCCGAAGAGGGAAGAAUCGAAGAGGUAAACCAUUCCCCGAACUUCAACCACAUCAGAAACAUUAAAUAUUACAUGAAUCCUACGUACAACAAUUGUGAAGGUGAACAAUACUACUGUGCGACUCCCAGGAAUAACAUAUGCAAGAGGGAGGAUACAAACAAUAGGGUGAAAAUGUGUUAUUCGGAGGGGUGCAAGCAGGAAACGUGGUCGCAGCGGGGGGAGCAGUCAAAUUGGAAAGACAAAAAUGGCGAUCCUUUUGCGAAUGAUGUGUAUAAUGUAGCAGAGAGGUGGCAACACGGCAAUGGUAUGGGGGAGAAAGAAAGAAUGAUUAACGGUUCUCCGAUUGGCGCUCCCCCGAUUGGCGUUCCCCCGAUUGGCGUUCCCCCGAUUGGCGUUCCCCCGAUUGGCGCUCCCCCGAUUGGCGUUCCCCCGAUUGGUGUUCCCCUGGUUAUCGGAUCCUCGAGUAGUUCACCAGUAAACCCCGCGCAUGUUAGAAACAUAAACUUCCUAAACCGUGAAGCGUACCCAGUGAAGCUAAACGUGCCGUACAGCCUCAACCUCAGCGAUAUCCUAAAGAGCGACGUGCGUAUUUCACACCUCGUAGAAUGUUGCAAGGGAAACAGAACUCUGGAGCUAGAACUCAUAAAGCAGCAGCUAAAAAAUGGAAACGUAAAGUACGCAAUAAAGUUACUGAAGAUGUUCAAUUACGAGUUGCUACAAUUUCCAAACCUAUUUUAUUACCUAAAUUAUAAAUCUUACAAUUAUCUAGUGAAUACCUUCGACAGGAGGUACAUAAUUUACUACCUGUAUGACAACCCUAAGUAUUUGAAGAUGUAUUUUAAUGCUUUAUUGAAGAAGAAGAAUUUGGAGGCGUGCCUUCUGGCUGUGUACUUUUUAUACCCAUUGUACAUUUCCUCCGAAGACGUAGACUUUCGGAUGUUUUAUUUUUUGUUUUUCAAGCCGAGGAAGAUGAAGAAGACGAAUUACAAUAGCAAUAUUGUCCAUAACGAACCGUACUUGCGGCAAUACGAAAAUGAGUACAGAGAUAGAGAUCGAAACGGGGCAAAUAACAGCGCUAGUGGGUUUUCCAACGGUGAUGGAAAUGCCUUCGAAAAUGGGGCUGAAAUUACUGCUACGAGUGCAGUUGGGAGGGAUGCCCCCCCUGUUCCAGGUGCCAACCCGUUGUGCAGUCAAAACUAUAACAAUAUAUACUCCUUCCUGAAGAAUGAAUGCGUAAUUAUUAAUGACCUCCAUUUUUGUUUCAAAAAUGAGGAAGUCAUGCCGUUUGACAGCGUCACGAGGAAGGUGUACAAACUGACAGACCUGUGUAAAUAUUUCGACGUAUUUGAAAAGCUAAAAAAGAUUAACACGGAAAUUAUUAGGAACUCGUUUGAUUAUCUGAUUAGGAGGAACGGAAAAUGUUCGUGUCCGAAGAAUUUUAUUUGUAUAAAAGAUUUAGGGUCAUCUUUAAAAGUAGUAAAAGUUUUAGAAACGUUUGAAGAUUUCCUUCAGCUUUAUGAGCACAUAAAGAAAAAGGAGAGAGUCAUAUUUAUCGACGCGGAAUGGAAGUGCACCAUAUUCCGUGAGAAUGCUAUCGUUUCCAUUUUUCAAGUGGCAUUGAAGGAUACCCCCGUGUUGUAUAUAAUUGACUUGAAAAAAAUUGCAGUAGAAAAUUACGAAAUUAAUUACUACAUUUCGGACCUCUUUCGAGAUCAAAACAUUAUCAAAGUUGGCGUGGCCUUUCUAAACAACGACAUGUUGCAUUUUAGAAAGUACUACGAUAUUUGUGUCAUGCUCAAGUGGGAAAGUUAUCACAGCAUAUUGGUGGACAGUACUGAUAAGGGUGAAGAACGUACUGACCUCUGGGCCCCAGGUGAGCUCCCUUUGGGGAAGGAACAAAUGACUAGCAACAGUACGAGUGAUUGGGAUGUUCUGUUAAGGCGGGCCAUGAAGAGUGUCUACGAAAAUGAUGACCAUAGUGGAAGCGCAAAUGAUUGUGGGAUCCAUCUGAAUGAAGGGGAGGAGGUGCAAUACAUCAACAGGAGUGGUUCACAUUGUGUAGAUAACCGAAGGAAAGAACAAAGAGGAAAAGAAAACUUUAAUCUAAGUAACGACAUAAGCUAUAAGAAUAUUUUUCCAGUUAAUUAUUUUGUGAAAUACAAAAAUAAUGAAGCAUUGAUAGAUAAACAUUUGAACUCAAAGUGCAGUGGCUGUGGAAAGGUUGGGAUUUAUAGUUGCAUACACAAAUAUUACGACUUGGAGUAUAUUUACCUGAAAUAUUAUGAGCAGCUGAAGGGGUACUUUCCUCACCUACGAAAGAAUAUGAGUUAUUCUGUUAAAAUAUUCGGGAAAGCUUUAUGUCCAGAGAAGGAAGUUAACAAGGAAUGCCAGAUCAUGAACUGGAACUUUAGGCCCCUCUCCUCCAUCAGUGUGGAGUAUGCCAUACUAGACGUUCUUAUUUUGAAGAACUUUUUUAAUUUAAUUCAGUCCAAGUUGUCAUUUAGCAUUGAGCAGGCCCUCUAA